AUGGCUACAUCAAGACCAAGGGAAAAUGCUCACCUAAAAGAGAGGAGCAGCUCGGUCUCUUCGGUCCCCCGUCACACGGACACCCUCCACUGGCGACGAACCACACGACCAUCAGUCCCUGGUUCCCUUGAUCGAGAACUCCAUUGCAAGCCUACGGCGAGUAAGAGCACCACUACUGGCAUUUCCAGAGCCAGAAGCCAUCCCACUUCCGAUGCCACGGCCGGAAGACGCGUCCCCGCAGGAAACCCCACUGAGAAGCCCACAUCUCUGUCGGGCCCGUCUCGAAGAGUACCCACACCAAACAGGAAAAAAGUUGAGGCUUCAUCCUCCUUGCCUGGUGCUGCCAUCUCUUCAAAAGCAGAAUUAGAUAAAGCAUCGAAGCCUCUUAAGAGUGCAAAAACUCAACCAUUGGUAAGGGAAAAGAGGUUAGGAGCUGAUGCAAGAAAGGUUACUGGGAUUCCUACUCCCAGCACAACUGAAGCACUGCCGGCGAUAAAGCCCGAGCAAGAAGGAGAGCCAGGAAUCCAGGUGGAAAAGAGAGAAGUGGUCGACAUCCCAGAAGUAAAAGAUGAUGCUUCUGAUGAGCUCGGCCUCAUUGACUCCUCCGAACCGAAUAUUACGGAAGAUACCCCUGACUCUGCUUCUCAAACAGAUCAACAUGAGCCAACUUCCCCGAAAUUGGAGAUCAUCGAGAAUGCUUCUACGAACGAUGAAGGAGCUGGUGAUGAUGGAAACAAAGCCGAUGAAGAUAGGGAGAGCCCCAAGGAGCCUGAAGAAAAGCCUGCUAUAGAAAGCUCCGAGGAGCCUAAAAGUGAGCCAGUGGUUGAUGAUGGACAGCUGGAGGAAGCUGAAGCAGAGAAGGCGACCACGAUGGGGUCGAGCGAGAUGAAGAGGCCGGAGGCCGUCGCUUUAACGAGGCCGGAGGUGGCAGCGACGGGGAGGAAGAAGGAUGCGCCGAGGAGUAAUGAUGUGAUAGAGGAGGCGCGGGGCAAGCUCAUGGAGAAGAGGAAGAGCAAAGUGCUGGCUUUGGUUGGGGUCUUCGAGACCGUCAUCUCGCUUCAUGAGCCGGAGGGUCAAAGAAGUCAAACCCAGGGGAAGAGCCGCGGCGAAGGGGCCUGGUACUAGGGUGCAAUGCGACAAAAGAGUCAACGCAGUCAACUCGGUGGAUUCUUUGAUUCGGUCCUCGGUUGUGAUGAUGGUGGUGAUGACGAUGGAAUACUUUAGUUCUCGGUUGGA